GUGCGCACUGGGUGGCGAGGCUAGGUCACAAGUUCCCAAGCACAACCCCUGAGCAGAUCAUACAGACACUUCCCCACGGGCAAGGCGGUUCCUAAACCCGUACGCAGAAAAAAACACACGGGGACAGGGGGAGUCUCAAAGCGCACUCAUACCGAGUCAAAGUUACCGAGCUGGUGGGUCUGAGAUCCAACAGGUGGCAUGACCAACCAUCCACCACACUCUAACGGUAUGCAGAGCCACCGAACGGAGCACCUGUACAAGGUGCUGGUCAUCGGAGACCUGGGGGUCGGGAAGACUUCCAUCAUUAGGCGGUACGUCCACCAGACCUACUCCACCAACUAUCGGGCCACUAUCGGGGUGGAUUUCGCCCUGAAGGUGUUGAACUGGGACUCUGAGACUGUCCGGCUCCAGCUGUGGGACAUUGCAGGACAGGAACGUUUUGGUAACAUGACACGAGUGUACUACCGUGAAGCCAUGGGAGCCUUCAUAGUAUUCGAUGUGACACGGCCCACAACCUUUGAGGCUGUUAUCAAGUGGAAAGAAGACCUGGACUCCAAACUAAUGCUGGCUAAUGGACAGAGCAUUGCCACUGUGCUGCUAGCUAACAAGUGUGACCAGGGCAGGGAGUUGACCAACAACGGCAUCAAAAUGGACCAGUUCUGCAAGGACCAUGGCUUUGUUGGGUGGUUUGAGACCUCUGCUAAGGACAAUCUCAACAUCAGUGAAGCUGCAAACUUCCUGGUCAAGCACAUCAUGGCCACGGAAAAUGACAUCCUAAAAUCCGUGGUACCAGACACCAUCUCACCGCAGCUCGACUCCAGCAGGCAGAUGAGCUGCUCCGGCUGCUUCAAAUAAUGAAAGGGGGGAGCAAUGGCAGGACAGAACAGAGUGAAGACACAGUAGGACCAAGAGGGACAGGUUCACCACACGGCCCUCCAAGGAAAUCUUACGUACCUACGGUACAAUUUGGCUUCUUUGGUCCAAACCACAGUUGAAAAUGUUAGUUUGCUGCAUGUUUGUAGUAUGUUUGUGUUCAGUGUAUAGUUACAAGCAAACCAGAGCUUGCAAACUAAAGUCACAUGGACUCAGAGGUUGCACAUUAACUUAAUAGUAUUUUCGGUAACUCAUCGUGCCUUGAGUUUAAAGCUUUUGACAGAAAGACGAGUAUAACUUCAGGUGGGCAUAACACGCUAUGCUCUUUUCCGUGAGGUGAUAGUUGAUUUAAAGUAUCGAACUGUCAACCUUGUUAUUUUUGGGGUAGUCCCUUUUAACUGGUGAACAUUACAUUGUCACUUCUAAUAACACGUUCACUCGGAAAAGGAUCCUCACCUACCUGACCAAACUGAACAAAAGGAGUAAAUGCCCCUAACAUGCAUGAUGCAAGACAUCCGUCAUAUAACAAGGAGACCUACCUGUGUAACUGAUCAUCAAAAGUAUGAAAAUGCUGUUCAACUUACAUCUGUUCUUAACUGUGUCAAGCAAAUACGAUUGUAUUGCUGUUCUCCCUCCAUUUACCUUCCCUCCACAUGACGCUGGUGAAAAAAAAAACAUUGUGGGAGACAUGCAGGCUUCCUAUAUAUUUUUUUUUAUACUGGCAGAGCCAAAGAAAGUAGUAUCAACCACUUUCAGUGGAUCUCAGAUUUGCUAUUAUGUAAUUCUGUGAAUUUUGCACACACAUGUUUUUUUAUUAUGAUUUUAAGUUAUUUAUAUGUAUGCUUUUAUGAGUGUAAUGCUGGUUGAUGUAUUAUAUUAUUCUGCUUAAAAUCCUUCCUUCAACUGACUAUUGUGUAAGCAUUAUUUGAUCAGGCAAUUUAAAUAACAACACAUUCCUAUUUAUAGCAAAAACUUGGUUGGGGCGAACUGCUGCAGAGAAAGGGAAAGUUAAACACUUGGACACACAAACAUCCGGGAGCUCUUUUAUAGCCAGUGGGCAGUUUCACGGGAGCAGUUCAGGUUUAAGUGAAUUAAAGACUUGUCCAACAUGUUUGUUUGUUUAUGGAAGAGAGAACUUGUCAUCUGUCUAAAUUUUGCUUUUAGAACUAUUUGGCUACAACAUCUGACCAGACUGAUGUCUGCUUUUUUUUUCUUUUUUUUCUCAGAAUUAAUAUAUUUAUGCAUGUUGACCGUCUGCUUGUAAACUGGACAUUCUCAUGAGUUCACUUGCCAAAGCCUAACCCUCUGUAUCCAUGGCAACUAAAUCAAGUCCUUUUUCAUGGGUAUCUUCUAACAUCUGUGUGAAGCUAAUUCUCACUGUACACACAACCAUAUAGACACAAAUGUAUGCACACACACAUAGACACACAGAUUUUUAUCUGCUUUUCUCCUCUCCUCACCCACUCCAUCCUCCAUUAUUUUUCUUCUCCUGAAAAAAACUCUCUGUCCUUGCAGGGUGGUUGCUCACAGUGUCUUUCUUUUAAACCUCCUCUGCCCCUCUUUUCCCUACUUUCUCUAAUUCUCUGUUUCACAUACAGUCUGUACAGCACACUACUGUAUAUAAAGCUGCACAGUCUUUAUUGUACACCGGGAGAUACAGUGCCUUUAUUGACGUUCCAACAAGUAGACUCUGGUUGCAUGAAGUUGUUUUCUUCUUUUUGGUGACUCUGCACCCCUGUAUUAUUUGGUAAAACAGUAGUAUAUCUUCAAAGCCAAGGCAUUUGAACCCACCAUUGUCAAUGCUGUGCCUUUUUUCUAACUGUAUCUUAAGACAGAGAAGAUUUAUGACCUUAUAUAAACUCCAGAUCAGUAGCUGGAGUGUCAAAUGUGCUGAAAAUGGAUAAAAUCAAGUGCAUUAUGUUUUUUGUUGACAUUUACGCAAAUGUAUAUUAUAAGUGUAUAAUGACACAUGUGACAUUGUUUCCUUCAGCUGAUGGUUGUCAGCAGUGUUUACAAGCCUGAUAACAACGGCGUCAUAUGUUAUUGUGUGAGUUCUUGUUGUGGAUUUACAGCAUGAAUAUUAGGGCAUAAUAGACUUAAAACAAUGCCUUCUCCACAGGACUGCAGUUUCUCAUUUUUGCUCAUCAUGAGGCAAUGCAUGCAUCGUGCAUCAUGUGAUUUCACCAUGGUGUCACACUACAGAUUUUUAAGCUGAUUAGGGCUGAGAAAGAACUGCAUGCUCACGUACACACACGACUGUCUGUGUAGGACAAUAUGUUGUGAGAAUGUUUUAAUGUUUGGUCUUGGUGAAACAAGACUAUUCAU